AUGUCAUCCCAAAUAAAGGAAACGGUAAAACAAUGUCUGGUUUGUGCAAAAUUCUCAGCCAGUCAACAAAAUCCACCAAUGCAGAGCCAUGAGAUUCCAAUUCACCCGUUCCAAGUGAUUUCGAUGGACACCUUCCUUUGUGAACAGAGAAACGAGAAGCACAAAUUCCUCAUCACGGUUGACCACUAUUCGGAUUUUUUCGAAGUAAAUCGUUUGAUUAAUUUGACCCCAGAAGCAGUUAUCAACAUCUGUAAGGAAAAUUUUGCACGUUACGGAAUUCCUCAAAGGGUCAUCACGGACAAUGGCACAAAUUUUGUCAACCACAAAAUGGCCCGAUUUGCUUCGGAAUGGAACUUCGAGCUGGUAUCGUCCUCCCCACAUCACCAACAAGCCAACGGCAAAGCUGAAUCUGCGGUGAAAAUAGCCAAACAGCUGAUAAAAAAGUCCGAAGAAAGUGGAUCAGACUUCAACUAUGCUCUUUUACACUGGCGCAACAUACCAAACAACAUAGGGUCUAGUCCUGCAACGCGUUUGUUUUCCCGUUCUACUCGUUGUGGAAUACCUACCGAGGCGUCCCAUCUGCAACCGAAAGUCGUCGAGAAUGUUCCGGACAAGAUAGAAGAGAGCCGAAGAAAAUCCAAGUUCUAUUACGACAGAAAGAGUAGAAAACUACCGCAGCUAGAAAUCGGUUCGCCAGUGUUCGUUCAACUAAAUCCAGGGGCCAGCAAAUUAUGGACACCUGCAACAAUCAGAGACCGCCUGAGUGACCGUGCAUAUAUGGUCGAUUCUAACGGUACUCUCUAUCGUCGUUCACAGAAGCACCUGAAACCGCGUAAAGAACCCGAUACGCAUUCAAGCUACACCGUUCCGGAGAAAGUAUCCAACGUACCGAUGAACUCGUCCACAUCCGAAAAUCCGCAGGAGGAAAGUAUUCUGGAAAAACAAACCGAAACAAAUGCAACACCUGAUGUUUUGGAUUUUCCAUCAACGCAGCGAACCGAAACGUCACCUCGUCCUUGGCAGUGA